AUGAGAGAAGCUGAGGGAAAUUAUUUGGCUAAAGAAAAAUUUUUUAAUCCUACUAAUACCAAGGUUUUGUGUUUCAGGUCUGACUACAGCCACAUAUCCUCCACCAGCAGUGAGCUCUCCGUGGAGGAGCCGCAGGAUCCUUUCCUGGUUAGCAUCCACAUAAUCGCAGACCCAGGGGAAUCCCAGCCCCUGCAGGAGGCCAUCGACCGGGUCUUGGCUUGGAUCCACCCGGACCUGCAGCUGUUCCGGGUCUCCGAACGGAGGGCUUCCCGGCGGCGGAGGAAGGCCUCGAAGGCGAAGGCGGCGCAGCCCGCCCUGGCGGUGGUUCUCUUCCUGCAGGAGGGGUACGGCGACGAGCCCAUCCUGCAGCUGCACCGCGCGCUGCAGCGGCCGCCCUGGCGCCACCACCACACAGAGCGCGUGCCCGGCAGGCUCCUGCCCUACCUGCCCUGCAGCCAGGACUUCUUCAUGCUGGCGCCCGGGACUCCGCUGUGGGCCAUCCGGCCCGUGCACUACGGCAGGGAGAUCGUGCGCUUCACCAUCUACUGCCGCCAUGACAACUACGCCGAUAUCCUCAAGUUCUACGAGCUGAUCCUCCGGCGGAGCCCCAGCCAAAGGAAGACGGACUUCUGCAUCUUCCCCAUUUUCUCCAGCCUGGAUGUGGACAUCCAGUUCUCCCUCAAGAGGCUGCCCAGUGACCAGAACCCCGUCCCCACCGACAACUCGGUGCUGGAGUUCCGAGUCAAGGACAUCGGCGAGCUCGUGCCCCUCUUGCCCAACCCCUGCAGCCCCAUCAGUGAGGGGCGUUGGCAGACGGAGGACCACGACGGGAACAAGGUCCUUCUGCAGGCGCAAAGGGUGCACAAGAAGUUUCCUAAACCCAGCAGAGCUCACCACUCCUCGGAGAAGAAACCUCACUCCAGGCCUUCCCCGAGCUGCACCACAUCGAGCCGUCCUCCUGGCAGCAGACAGCAACCCCUACUGGACACCACACGAGCCAGCAGCACUCCUGGCCUUCCGUGGUCUUUCCAGAGAAGCAAGUCCUUGUUUUGUUUGCCCACAGAAGACCCCGACCCAGCCUUCUCGGCUGUACCACAGUGUUUUUCAAACACAGGUGCCCCAGGGCACCGGGCAUCGGAGUGGAGACACGGCCACCUCCUCUCCAUCGAUGACUUAGAGGGGUCCCAGGAGACAGAUGUGGACACGGGCCUGCGGCUGUCCUCCUCGGACCUGUCCGUGGUCUCUGCGUAUUCUGCACCCAGUAGAUUCUUUAGCGCCUUGGAAACACCCCUCCCCUCCGAACGCUGUGGCAGCCACUGCUCCAAGCACAAAGGUUCCCGAGAAGGACCACUACCCGCUGGGAGUGGGGUGACCACGGAGACCUCCUGGGCUUCCCUCCCUCUCUUCACUGAAGGGCCUUCCAGCUCCUUGGCAACGGCGGUUGCCGCUCCCCCAGCUUCUGGUGCCACCACCCUCACAGGGUCAUCCUCCAAGCUCCCUGGCGAUGCUCCCAACACCGAGCAGACUGGCAGGUACAUCACACCAUCCCCAGCACUGGCUGGGCCCGGGGACAGUGACACAGAGGAAUUCUAUAUCUGAGCACCUCUACGCUGUUGUUUUCAUUCACACAACUCAGCUUCCCCAGGUCUGUCUGGAACCUAGUCAUCUAUCCCAGCCCCCCAUUCGCCAUGCCACCCACGCUAGGGACUAGGUGGAAAAAUACUGGCAUUUUUAUGCCAAUAACUUAAGUCAUAAAAUAUAUUUUUUGAAUUACUCAGUUCCAUUUGAGAUAUGGUUUAGUGCAUUUACAUACUUUAAAUGCUUCAUACAAUUACUUGAAAUGAAAAAAAACCUAGUCAGCCAGAGCUGGUUUGGCCAUUUUUCAUGCUGUGAAGAAAGAACAAUUAAAGCCAAAAUGUUGACUGUAGCAAAGAUACUGAGUGACUUGAGUGAACUGUGUGAGAAAUGAGUGCACAGUAACAAUGUACAACCCUGGACUUCCCAGGUAGAUUUAUAUUACCAAGGAGCAGUGACCCUAAUAAUUUCCAAGUAGUGCUUAGAAUGAAAAAGUCAGCUUGAUAAGACAGCUGUAAGCAUCAAUCAGGCUACAGUCAUACACACUUAAUGUCUUGCAACAUCCAAAAAUCUGGAUUUUCACUAACGUGGCUAAUAAGCUUUAUAAGGAUUUAGCAUGAGUAGCAGACUCUUGGUGCAUUUAAAAUCUGAUUUCAGUUCCAAAAUCUAGAUUUGUAUUCACCUUUCGACAAUACUAGCACAUUCACUGUAGCAAGUGAGGGCCACAGAAGGCCACUCCCGCACCUGGAUUUAUUUGGACCAAUCGUUCAUUGGAAUUACAGAAUAAUAGGAUGUUGACUGGGUAGGCAGUCUUAGGGUUUUUCAGUUUUAAAACCUGCAGUCUAAGGGCUGUCUAUGUAUAUCUAUAUAAAUGGCAGGACCCACAUUGUAUACCACUUUCUCUGGCAAAUAUGCAUUGUCACCUUGUCUUUUCAUCUUUAAAUAACUUGUAACAUUUUAACCAGCAUUUGGGUUGCACACUAGGAAGCUUUCCACGCAGUGCCCCCUGAACAAACACAGCUGCAGUGCUGGCCUUGCCAGAGUGCCAGGCGCCUUAAUUGAAGCUGGAGCUUUCCCCUGACCGUGGCCCUCUAGACUGUUGUCUGCUUCUGUCACCAUGUGAAUGGUAUUUAAUCUCACCUCUCUCCCACUCCAGUAAGGGCACAUUUACAGUUCCAGCCUCAGCAAUGCCAAGUGCAGGCGUGGGGCAAUGCCGUGGGGCAAUGCUGUCGCUGGUUCCGUUUACUUUUGGGGAAGAAGAGUGUGUAUUUUCCUUGUUUAUUUCUCAGUCUGGUGCUCCUUGCCUACAUUAGCACAGCCCGUUUUCACCUCUCCGGAAGCGCCCACCCCAGUCCAGACACAGCCUUCCAGGCAGCUUUCUCCACACAGCCU